AUGAUGCUUGGAGAGGACUGGGCGAGCGACGGUCACCCCAGCAGCCCCCAGCCGCCCGCCUCCCCUGCCUGCCGCCCCGUCCCCCGCUCGCACCAGGAAGAGUUGGCGGAGGCGGAUCGGCGAGGCACCACUUCAGACCGCAAACGCAAGCACCGGCAAGAACCGACCACAGGGAUUCUUACCGCUGAAACCGCACCGCACCCGAUCCUGACUCCCAAACGCCAGCGCCGCGCCGCCCCCACCUCCUCCAGCUCGACGCCCGCUCUGGCCCCGCUCCGAACGGAAGAUUUAGAGCUCUCGCCGUGCAGCUCGCCGCCAGCCGCCGCCCCUCCACCGCCGUUCAAGGUUCUGUGCCGUGUGGGACUCCUUGACUUGGCUCAGACCUCGAAGGUGCAUGAGAGGGAAGGAGAGACUGAGAGAACUGGCAACGCUGCGGCCUGCAAGCUAAUCCAGCCCGUCCAGUCCAACCCUACGCCCCCUCCGUCCCCUACCACGGCUACUCUCCCACCCAUCCUUGCCUCCACCCCUCCCCCCACCUGA